UUUCCUCUUUUAAACUACAAUAUCCCCAAUCCCCAUGGAGGGAGUCAUUAUCUUAAUAAAAUCAAACUAUGCAUCCUGCAGUUCCUCUUUUAUUGAUCCAACUCGAUGAAACUUCAGAUCAGUAUUCACCGUUCCUUCACAAGAUCCAAAUAUCUGCUACUGUCACUUGCCAGCCAUUUCAUCCAAACAUUUCAGUUCUCAACUACAGCGGCAACAUCAACAUCGCUUACCAAGAAAGCAUGCAUAGAUCUCCUCAAGGCCUGCAAAUCGAUGGCCCAUCUGAAACAAAUUCAAGCACUGCUUUUCUGUCAUGGACUCCACCAGAACAUCGACGUUCUUCAUAAGAUAAUGGCCUUCACUACUGCGACGUCGAACUUGAGCCACGCCGAGAGAAUUUUUUAUCACAUCGAGAACCCGAGCUUAUUCAUUUAUAAUGUUAUGAUCAAAGCGUAUGCGAAAAAGGGUUGUAAUGAGAGAACAAUUUUCUUAUUUGAUGAAUUGCGUUUGCGUGGGUUGUGGCCUGAUAAUUACACAUACCCUUUCGUGUUUAAGGCUGUUAAAGGGUUGGGGAAGCUGGAUCGAGGGGAGAGGAUUCAUGGGUUUGUUAUAAAAAGUGGGGUGUUAUUUGAUUGUUAUGUUUGUAAUUCGGUUAUGGAUAUGUAUGGGGGUUUGGGAUAUGUGCAGUGUUUGAGCAAGGUGUUCGAGGAAUUGUCUCUAAGAGACGUGGUUUCGUGGAAUGUAUUGAUUUCUGGGCUUGUCAAAAGCGAGAGAUUUGAGGAUGCUGUUGAUGUAUAUAGGAGGAUGAGGAAAGAGGGAAAUGUAAGGCCGGAUGAGGCUACAAUUGCUAGUACUUUAUCUGCUUGCACAGCAUUGAAAAACUUCGAUCUUGGUAAGGAUAUUCAUGAAUAUGUGAAAACAGAGAUUGGGUUCACGAUGAUAAUUGGAAAUGCGUUGUUGGAUAUGUAUGCUAAGUGCGGCUGCUUGGAUGUGGCCAGGGGAAUUUUUGAUGCUAUGCUGGAAAAAAAUGUUAUUUGUUGGACUAGCAUGGUAUCAGCAUAUGUGAAUGGUGGUUUACUGGAUGAAGCCAGAACACUUUUUGAGAGGAGCCCAGCAAGGGAUCUUGUUCUCUGGACAGCCAUGAUUAAUGGGUAUGUGCAGUUCAACUGCGUUGAUGAGGCGAUGGCCUUGUUUAGGGAAAUGCAAAUGGCUAGAGUUAAACCAGAUAAGUUUACUUUGGUUGCGUUGCUUACAGGGUGUGCUCAGUUGGGGGCUUUAGAACAAGGGGAAUGGAUUCAUACUUUUUUGGUGGAAAACAGAAUACUAGUUGAUAGAGUAAUUGGUACUGCUCUUAUAGAAAUGUAUGCAAAAUGUGGCUGCUUAGAGAAGUCCUUGGAGAUUUUUCAUAGUUUGAAAGAGAAAGAUACAGCAUCUUGGACAUCAGUAAUCUGUGCGCUUGCCAUGAAUGGGAGAACUUCCAAGGCUUUAGAAUUGUUUUCAGAAAUGAUGCAAACUGGGAUUCAGCCUGAUGAUGUCACUUUUAUAGGCGUUUUGAGUGCUUGCAGUCAUGGAGGGCUAGUAGAUGAAGGCCGUAGAUAUUUUGAUUCUAUGACUAAUAUCUAUCACAUUGAACCAAAAUUUGAGCAUUAUGGAUGUAUGAUAGACCUUCUUGGCCGAGCUGGACUAUUAAAUGAAGCUGAGGAAAUUGUAGCUACAAUUCCAAAUAAAGAUAAAAACAUUAUCGUCCCACUAUAUGGUUCUUUACUUAGUGCUUGCAGGAACUAUGGCAAUGUAGAUAUGGGUCAGCGCAUUGCCCAGUGGCUAAUGAAAAUCGAGUCUAGUGAUUCUAGCACUCAUACACUUCUAGCUAAUAUAUAUGCAUCUGCGAAUAGGUGGAACGACGUAACACAAGUCAGAAGAAAAAUGAGAACUCUUGGGGCCAAGAAGUCCCCUGGGUGCAGUUUAAUCGAGUUUAAUGGGAAUCUCAGUGAAUCUAUAGUUGGAUAAACACCUAUCUGUCAUUUAAUGGGAAUGCUGGUGUUUAAUAAGCCCAAAUCUGUAUAUUGCAAACGAAAUGCUCGAUAAAAUAUGAUUGUUUAGCUUUAUAAGUUUCUGAUGAUAAUAGCAAUGUGUUAGCUCCUUAACACACAACUGAGGAAUGCAUAUCACCCUCGCAAGAGACGAAUUUACGCAACAUUUUCCUGCAUGACUUGGCCAUUAUUUGGGGUAGAAAAAGAUGGAACUGAACAAUGUACCUAAGGAUAAGCAUACUUUGCACAUUCAAUCAGUAGAUUUGCAAACUUGUCAUGUGGCAUUUGUACUUUGUACUGAUAUUCAGAAUGUCAGACAUCCAAGAUUAGGAAAUUCCGUUGUUUCGGGGGUUAAAUGUGUAAAACCUUGGAAGGUCAUAGUUAAGUACAGCAGCCCCUUGGAGUUGGGAUCAAGGCAAGAAGAUAGGUGUUGAAAAUGCCAGAUGCUAUGAAGGUCAUAGAGUUU